AUGAUCUUGCCUACUACUCAGGGCGAUCCCAAAGAAAUUGUUCAGAGAUUAUGCGAGAAGGCUGGCGGAGGGGCUGGAUUGCAGGCUACUGAACAGGCUCACCAAGUUCAUGUCGUCACUAAAUCUACCAGCGACAAGCCGCUCCUUCACGCACUAAUCAUUGGCAUAAACAAAUAUGUAGCCAACGUGCACUUGGCCGCAGCUGUGCCCGAUGCAUUGUCCUUCAAGGAAUAUCUCACGAACGACUUGCUUGUACCCGAGGAACAGAUAAAGGUUAUUCUCGAUGAGGAGGCCACACGAGCAAAUAUAAUCAAGGCUUUUCAGGAUCUCGCCGACGAAAAUAAUGGAAUAGAUCGCGAUGAUCCGAUCGUCAUUUACUACGCAGGCCACGGCAGUGAAAUCGAUCCACCACCAGAUCGAGCUGCCAAUGGUCCAAAGGUCCAGUGCAUCAUUCCCCAGGACACUAGCACCGACGCCGGAAUUGUACCCAUCCCUGAUUUUACUCUAGGCACUCUGAUCCAUCGAAUUGCCCAGGAAAAGGGUAACAAUAUCACUUUGAUCUUCGACUGUUGUCACUCUGCCGGUGGAACUCGUGAUGAAAUAGACGAUGCCCGAUUCAUCGACAAGUCCAAGCUUCCCAAACUCCCCGCCUCACCAGACAAGGACAUAAUUAAAAAGGCUCUCGAGGGGUCUCGAGAUGUGGUUGACCCAGCUUCACUCGGAUUGUCCUUUGAGGACAUGGGUUCUCACGUCAUUUUGGCUGCAUGCGGCCAUGCCGAAGUUGCGUUCGAGAAUGGGGAAGAGAAGCACGGAUACUUUUCCAGCGCACUGCUCAAGCUGCUGCGAAGCGUCCAGAUAGACAGUCUGACAUACAGAGCAUGCAUGCAGCGUCUUCCUCCCCUGCGCACAAGGCAGCCACAGAAUCCCGUCUGCGAGGGCAAGCACAUGAACCGCAUCUUUUUCAAUGCCAAGGUUCAAGGCGCUAGCGUAUCUAUGAUCCUAAUCAAAGCAAAGGGCAAAGACUUUUAUCUUCAGUCUGGGGUUGCCCAGGGCAUCACCCCUGGUAGCCAGUUUUCUAUCCACACGAGCGAUAUUCCUAGCAAGGACAACCCUUCUCUUGGCACUCUCGAAGUCGAUUUGGUCGAACCGUUCGUGUCGCGUCUGAAAGAUGCCGACACGCUGGCUCUCAAAGCUACUACGGUCUAUUACGGUCGUCAGGUGGCAUACGGUCCUGAGCAAGCGCUCGAUAUAUAUGUCACACAGCAGUUUGUCGAUGCUGCCAAACCAAGCGACGCAUGGGCCCGGGCGUUUGCAGGCGGUGCCGGCGAACUCGUUUUGCGCCCCGUCGAACCGGAGCUCGCUUCCGUCGUCCUGUCUGUUAACAAGAAGAAGAAAGCCACGUUUACGCUCACGAAUCAAGCUGCGGUACAGUACGGAGUUGCGAAACUGCCUCGUCCUACUUAUAUGCCUAUCCCUCCCGAGGCCGAGCGCGUGAUGCCCGUUUUGACGGCUAUUUCUCAAUGGAACUGGCAGCUUCGUCGUAUGCCCCUCGAUGGCCGGCCGUUUGCGAAAACGAUCGAUUAUGAAUUUUACAAGCUUCGGCAGACCGGGGAAUAUAGUGAUGAAGGGGACAUGGUGCUCGUGCCCGACGGCGACAACCUCAAUGUCGAUGGAGUGGUUGAUAUAGUGCCCACCCCUGAUGAUUGGUACGGGAUCAAGAUCACCAACAACUCCACACGAGAUCUUUAUGCCUAUUUGUUUGAUUUCUCCUGCACGACUCUGUCUAUUGCGCGCAGGACGAUCCCGAUUUUAGGUAUCAAUACAUCCGAUCCCACACUUCCCAAGGGCGGCAGCUUGACGAUCGGAUACGGCUCAGGAGGCCAAGAGCCUUUGAUAUUUUCGGUUACCGAAGGCCUAAGGUUUGAUGUCAAUCACUUCAAGCUGUUCGUCACAACCCAUGCGACCGAUUUCGACUCAUUGGAGCAGGAGAGUCCGUUUGAGGGCAGAGGCACGGUCGCGAGCAGUAAAGUGAAAGAGCUGUUUAAUCAGAAGCCUCUAUGGGACGCUUUUACGAUUGCCCUUGUACAAAGGCAGUAUCCCAAGGGAGAAGAGCCCGAACCCGAGGUCGAGUCUGAGGGCGAGCAGGAGGCAGAAGAAGGCGCAGAGGAAGAAGUGGUGCCGAAGCCCGAGCCCGAACCCGAGCCCGAACCCAAACCCGAACCCGAGCCCGAGCCCGAGCCCACUCCCGGACCCGGGCCUACACCUGGACCUGGUACCGGUACUGGUGGCUGUGUAUUGUUCACAGGCAGAUCCGAGGAGCCACUCCAAGCUCGUGCCAUGUCGUCGGCUGAAUCGAUGCAGCCUUGGUUCCGCACACCAAAGCUUACCAAGGAGCUCAUUUCUUCUAUUUGUGGCAUGAGACUGCGUACCCAUUCUAAAGGGCAAGGUCUCGCCGGGGCGACUGCAACCGCGCGAACCGGAGCAUACUUUGAAAUAUGGGUCAUUGGGAACGAUGACAUGCUUAAACUCACACCCGAUGAGGAGGAGAUGAGGUACCGCUCUCAUCCGGCCCCCGACAAUGCCGAUUACGAAUGGACCGAUGGUCGCGUUUUCGACGAAACCGAAAAGCUAUGGAGCAAGCUCGAGCCUGGCGAUUGCUUCGAAGUGAUGGUCGGCGCGAGCGGCAGAGGAUGGACGAACGACGCAAAUCGGGGCCACUUGAUGUUCUGCGAGACCCAGAAAUCUAUCAAAAGCCAAUACCCAAUAUGGAACCUCCAUGCGCUCCUGAUUGGAAUCGAUACAUACAAAAAAGUCGUAAAACUCACCGGGGCUUCCAAAGACGCAGACUCCAUGGAAGAGUUUCUCCUUUCCGACCUGUCCGUCCCGGCUUCACAAAUAACCAACCUCAGGAAUGAGCAGGCCACUCGGUCUGGUAUAAUAGCUGCUCUGACAGAGCUACGCAGAAAUCCGGACAUUGAUUAUCUUGAUCCUAUCCUGAUUUACUAUGCUGGGCACGGAUGCGAAGUCGACACGCCAUCCACCGAUUGGGGUUCCUAUCAUGAGAAAACGCAAUGCCUGGUUCCAUGGGACGCGGGGGCACUGGACUCGGACGGGAAGCUCAUACCACCUAUCCCGGAUUACACCAUUGCGGCUCUAUUGUACGCGUUAGCCGCAGAAAAGGGAAACAACAUUACCGUAAUAUUCGACUGUUGCCAUUCGGCGAGUAGCACCCGGGGCGUCCAAGGGACAUUCAACAGACACGCUCAUCUAGAAUUGAAGAUCACACCAUCUUGGAAGUUAGCCCAACACCACAUCAUAGGUGACCCUAAAAAGACCGCCUAUCGACCACGUCGACUAAAUCCGGAGGAUCUUCCUCCACUCUCCCGAGACGUGGACACGGAUAUUCUUCAAACUCACAUCAGUUCCCAUAUUGAUUCAGAAAGUAGCCCAAAAUACCGAAUUCCACUUGAUCGGGACACUUCCGGAUUUCAUAGAUUUGGGCGCUCACAUAUACUUCUUGCCGCAUGUGGGCAUGCUGAAGUAGCUUACGAAUGUGCGAAUUCAGACAGUGGGUUCUUCACCACCGCCUUGCUCGAACAACUGCGCUCUCGGCAAAUACACAAGAUGACAUACAAAGCAUGCUUCGAAACUUUCCACGUUACCUACUCCGAGAGCCCUGUGUGCGAGGGAGAUAAGCUCGAUCGACUGUUAUUCAGUACCACAGUUCCAGAAGAAAGUCGCAUCUUCAUACCCAUGCGAGAGAAAUCCAACGGCUAUGUCCUCAAGGCAGGAUUUGCCCAGGGGGUCAUUCCAGGCUCAAAAUAUGGUAUUUAUGGGGACGAUCUGAGCACCGAAAAGGGGACCUUCACCGCCAAUCCUCUCACCGACCCGAAGCUUUAUCCAUGCCAGACACAGUGCGACAUUCAUCGGGCCGUCUUGGAUGUUGAUAGGUCUGGUGGAGGGAUAACUAUUGAAAUUGCCGGGUUGACAAGCAAACAGCUUCACAAGUGCCUUCCGGAACAAAGUAGGAUCCAAAAAUUGUUAUUUUCGAUGGCCCAAUGGGACUGGCAUCUAUUCAGAGAGCCGGAAGCUAGCUCUCGAGCCAAGGGACGUGCCCAACUGUAUAUGUAUCGGCUAGACGAGGCGGGACCGAGUCUGGUUCCUUUGGAUAAUGGCGUGGCUACUUUGAUGGUACCCUCCAAAGAACUUUACGGAUUUAGAAUUAAAAGCCUGUUUCAUCGACGCCUAUACGCGUAUUUGUUCUACUUCAGCACAAAAAGCCAGUCAAUCAAGCCCUUGUUCCUCAGUGUUUGCGGUAACGGCUACGUAGAUGCUCCGCUUGAGGCGAAUGGGGAACUUACGAUUGGUUAUGGGAAUGAUGACAUGAUUUCAGGUCCCAUUUCCUUUCAGCCUGAGACAGAUGUGGGAUAUUUCAAGUUGUUUCUCACAACGGUACCAGGGGAUUUCGAUUUGAUGGCUCAAUUGUCACCCUUUGCCCAGUCGGAGAAUGGGCAUAUUGUAUCAUUGAUAGGUGGCGAUCGGUGCUCGAGCGGGAUAGAUAUACGGGGAUGCGAUCCAACUGAUUCUAGCCAAGCAGCGCUGGUCAAUAGGCGGAUGCGCCCUGUAGAUCGUUCUGGUCGCCCCAAAAUUACCAGCCGUCUUGCGGAUGGACUGAAUAAUCUGAGAGGCAAUGAUCACACCACUUCGAUUUUGGACACAGCUUCGAAUCAUUUGCACAGCCACGUGGACGGGAGCGCAGAGAUCCACAACUUCUCGAUGAUUGGUCAAAUUCCCCGAACGCUGAGCAGCUCCGAGGCCGCCGAAAGGCUUGAUAAUCGGGAAAUAUGGGAGACUGUUUGCUUGCAGGUGACCAUAAAACGGGUUAAUCACUAA